AUGGUCCAGCUAACAAGGAACAAUCUCGUCCCAGAGUCUCUAAUUCUCAGACCAAUGGCUCCUCCGCCGCCGCACGCACCGGAACGUUCCCUCGAGGCAUGUGCGUCUACUGCCUCCCUCUUCCUCUACGCUCAAGGCUCGACCAUCCUCUGCCUCCACCAUGAUACCCUUGCCCUCGAUCGACGGUUCGAGGAUCACCAGGAUGAUAUUGCUUUUAUAUCGGUGGAUAACAUCAGUGAGCGUGGACAAGGACGGUUGGUCGUGAGCUACGAUGUCGGACAGACUGCUAUCGUAUGGGAUUUGUUUACGGGAACGGAGAUCGCAAGGUUUGCGGCUUUUGAGCCGUUGAAGGUGGCUUCUUGGAUGCGGAAUGGGAAUGUUGCGUUUGGGAAUACGAAAGGCGAGGUUAUCCUUUUCGAGCCGUCGACUUCGGAGCAUGUCUCUACUAGGACCAUUUCUGAGUCUAUUACGGCAUUGGCACCGGGUGCUGAUUGUCGGACAUAUGCAAUUGGAUACCAAAAUGGCUCCAUUCUACUCGCAACGCUCCAUCCUACCUUCAACAUCCUACACACACUCACGAUUUCCCGCAAUCCGUCGCCUUUGGUCAAUUUAGCAUGGCAUGCAUCAUCAUCGAAACAAAAAUCCGAUAUGCUGGCCUCGCAAGCGUUGAAUGGCGACUUGAAAGUCUGGAGCGUCUCGAAGCCAGCGGAAAAAGAGCCACCACGAACCAUUCGAGUAUUGAAGCGAUCGGACACCGCAGCCUCGGGACCACAAUGGAUGGCUUGGUCUAAGAAUGGAAAGAUAUUGCAGUAUAUGAAUGGAGAAACAUGGUCUUGGGAUGUCAGGACCAAGCACGUCACUUCUGAGCGUAUUCCGGCUAUCAAUGGCGUUCGCGGAAUUGCUAAUUAUGGGCCUACGGCCACUUUGUUUACCCUUGGUCCAAACUUCGCAGUGCAGCAGUAUGACUUGGAGAUCUUCACCAUGGUUGCCAACGUGCACCAUCCCCCGACGUCUUCAGAGGAUGUACAAAUACUACCUUCCCGCUCUCUACAAGAUCCACCAGCAAUUAAGGAAGCCCCUUACACGUUUGAAGGCCGACAAACACCCUCGGAUAACGAGCAACAACACGCAGACCUGGCAAGUCCUGCCUCCUCGCAAAGCAACGCCAGCUCCAAAGCCUCUGGAAGGUAUCGGAUGCCAUUGGCCUCGCCACCAAGUAGGUCCGAACAAAGCAAUACUCCCGCUUCUACACUGCCAUCAAACAGUGAGAGGAAUACGCCACAGCCUUCACAUGGGUAUACUCCGUCAAUGUCGACGCUGUCUACGAAGAGUUCUCGUGCAGGAUCGCGAUUGAGGCAUGAAGUUCAAUUCAGCCCUGCCGAUAAGCAGAUCGAUUUGUUUCCUUUUAUCCGGACGCGGUUGAACGAUGUACCAUACGGCCAUCAUCAACCUCUAGAGGAGACCAAUCUCACACCGGAUGGUCUUCGUCAACGGAUGCUGAGCAUGGUUUUUGGAUGGGAGGGGGAUAUCAAGGGGCUGAUACAGGAUGAGCUCAACCGCCAUCCCCCAGGGAGCCAGAGCUCCAUCCUCUUGACACAAUGGCUCGGUGCAUUGGACACGGAUGAGAUGGUAUCCAUGAUCCACUCAGGCCCUGUAUCUAUUUCCGACUGGAUGAUCAUGGCCUUUAGCCAGAUGAGCGGCCAGACCCAAGCGAACAAAGUCGGGCAAGCCUUCGUGCAGAAGCUUUUAGAAAUAGGCGAUAUCCACACCGCAGCCACGAUCCUUCUCGGCCUCGGGGACAAAAACGACGCCAUUGAAGUUUACGUCUCUCAGAACUACUUUAUGGAAGCUAUUAUCAUGACCUGUCUCCUGAUGCCAACAGACUGGCAACGACAAUCGUACCUUGUCCGUCGAUGGGGUGAGCAUGUCGUUUCUCAUUCGCAGCAGCAACUUGCGAUUCGAUGCUUCACAUGCACUGGCGCGGAACCUUCAGAGCCCUGGACCUCGCCAGCGGCGCAGAACGCUGCUACCUUCGCAGAAGAACAGCGAUCACCGAUGAUAUCUCCCGGAUCUGCACAGCCAAUCUCUCCACCAUCACAGCGAAAGCGAGUAGCCGCUCAAAAGGCUACAGCCAAGACACCCGCGCUGAAGCUGAUUACAUCUUUCGAGAAUCCUAAUAUGCGGCUCCCAGGCUUGAAGUCUGAUAACCAGACACCUACCAACGUACCAUGGAUCACUCCAAUUGCCGAAUCUGCUGUUGGCGAGUCGGCUCUUUCACCAGGUGGACUGGCCUCAUGGAGAACGAACAACAUGCAGAGUCUGAAUCAGGCUGUGGGUUCACGAUCGAACACUCCAGGUUUCAGAGGACGUCUUCCCUCUAUUGGAGAAACACCGGUGGAUGUUGAGCCGCCUACCUUCCCUUCCACCCCUUUCCGUAGGGGAGAAUAUCCCACGACAUCAGACAGCGAAGAUCAGCAGCAGGACCAGGACAAAGAACAGGAGGAAGAACCGUCAUUACUGCUACCAUCCGCCAGAUAUGACCCUAAUCAAGAGACCAAGUCAACACCGCAGACGGCAAUCCCAGCCAAUUCGGACAAUUUUGUCAAUAUAAAGGGCCUUCCAUCCCCAGCACCAGGCGUAUUCGAGGCCCUUCGUUCAGAAAGUCGGAAUGGGUCGAGAGAUCGGAAGCCGGAUGGUCUGCAAAUAAGCCUGAUCGAAGACCAGCUUGAAAGGAUGAGCAAUAGCAGGAGCCCACUCUCGUCGUCGAACAGCCUCCAAACAGCAAAGACCCCGAGUACGGGAGGGUAUAGCAUUGAUCAGUUUAUCCACAGCUUGGACGAUGCCAAUCAGUACCCGAAUUUCCAACUGCAGCAGCGUGUCAAUGGUCAAAGUACUACGCCGGGAUGGAACGAGGAUCCAUACAACCAACUCCCACUGUCCCCGCCGCCCAUGUCACCAGAGGAAGCAACGCAAGAGGAGAGAUACAGGGCCAAGCACAACAGGUCUCAAUCUCGCAACGAAAACAAAGUGCAAAAACCCGGCUCCAGGAACUCCUCGCGGCGUCGCCACAAUCGCUCUACAAGUCGGAACGCAACAGGCCGUACCAGUGAUAGGAAUGAUCGUGGCCGUAGCUCCGAGAGGGAUGCAUCCAAUGCGAUGUCUCCAUCGUCUUCGUUGCCAAUGUCUCCGAUGGAUGAGGCUCUUAGGCUUGUCACGAGUGAUCGGGAGCGGCGCACGCACCAGAGUAACAGCCGUCGUGGGGAGCAGAUCCCUGGUCGACGGAGGGACCAAUCUGCUGAUUCGGGCAUGCCAGUGAGACCAGCUGGUCGCCAGGCUCGGGAGCAUGAAUCCGCCACGGACCAGGAGUCAUCAACUUCCAAUAUCAACGGUAUGAGUCAAGAGGAGCAGGGCCUUGGGAAUACGGACACAUCCGAGCAGGAAACUCGUGAGCUUCCCUUCGCGGUUGGUAUAUCAGAACAGCGAAGAAAGGAACUUGCUGCUGCGGAAUUGGAGGCGCGACGACUGUCACUAGCACGGAACCCAUCUGCGCCUAAUAUUCCUUUCCCGGGGGACACUCGAAUGAAUACUCGAAGCCCUCCUGUUGGUCUUCCUUUCUCAAUCAGUCCUUUCGGUUCGCGUUCGCAGGCGAGGCAGAGGGCUCCAUCAACCAAGGAGUCUCAGAGUAAGCGAAGCAGCUCUGAUUCCGGGUCUUCUCAACCAGGGCUACCAACAAGCCCAUCAUCAUCACUACGACAAGCCAAGUACAACAACGGCACCAGCAACGGCCAUGAAGAAAAUGCCGCAGAUGCCCCUAUUCUACUGAGUGCCAUCACCUACCAACCCGAGGCAGAGAGAAUCGGCCGCUCCAUGUCCGUUCCCGUACCAGAAACCCACAGCCCACCAGCCAACGUCAAUCCUCCGAACAUCCCAACACACCCCAGAUUUAACCCUAACCUCCCGCGCAGUCGUUCGACAAGUCGAUCCCGUCACAUGGGUCAUCGACGUGAGAAUUCUCGAGAACAAGGAAGCCCUGGUGGCUACUUCGGGGGCUCUCCUGUGGCCAUCAGUAUCGAGGAAACCCUAGCAAACGCAGAUCAUCAACCGCCUAUCCUUCCAGAACUCCAACACCUCAAUACACCUCCACCACCACCACCUCUUCCUUAUUCUAAUUCAGCCUCUGCCUCUCCACGCGAGUCUUCCGGAACAAUCGACAUCGCCUUCGACAACGAGAAUCUAGGCCGUCUGCUCCCGCGCGCAAUGACCGCUGGUCCAGCAUUCACGAAUACCAUGGACGUCCGCGCUAGCGUUAACGGCAGUGCAAGCGCGAGUCCCGAUCGUCGACGAAUGUCGUUCGACCAUCGCCGCGGGAAGAGUGCAAACGAGAGCUUUACCAGCAAGAUCCGGAAUCUGACACGAAUGCGCAGUAACAGUCGCGGUCUAGAGGGGUGGGGGAGUCCGGCGGUUGGGACUGAGUUGCCAUAUGAGAGUGUGCAGAUGGUUGACAGGACUUGA